AUGAGGAUGGCAGGUGCUAUAAAGUUGGUGGUUGCUGUUGCAGUAUUUCUACUGACAUUUUAUGUUAUAUCUCAAGUAUUUGAAAUAAAGCUAGAUUCAAACUUAGGAAAUUUAUUUGCAAGGUCAGCAUUGCAGAUAGCUUAUACAAAACCUCCCAGAUAUAAAUGUGGGAUUUCAAAAGCUUGUCCAGAAAAACAUUUUGCCUUCAAAAUGGCAAGUGGAGCAGCGAAUGUCGUUGGCCCCAAAAUUUGCGUAGAAGACAAUAUUUUAAUGAGUGGUGUAAAGAAUAAUGUUGGAAGAGGAAUCAAUGUUGCAUUGGUAAAUGGGAAAACAGGAGAAGCAUUACGCACAGAAUACUUUGAUAUGUGGGGAGGAGAUGUGGCACCAUUUAUUGAAUUCCUUAAGUCUAUUCCAGAUGGAACCAUAGUUUUAAUGGGAACCUAUGAUGAUGGAGCAACCAAACUCACUCAUGAGGCAAGAUUGUUGAUCGCUGCAUUGGGAAGUACAGCUAUUGUUAACCUUGAUUUUAGAGACAAUUGGGUCUUCUGUGGUGGAAAAGGUAUUAAGACAAAAAGCCCCUUUGAACAGCACAUAAAGAACAAUAAGGAUACAAACAAAUAUGAAGGAUGGCCAGAAGUUGUAGAAAUGGAAGGAUGUAUCCCCCAAAAGCAAGACUGAAUAUGAAGAAUGUUAGAGAAAAUUGUCUUUAUGCUAUUGAUAAGAAUGCUAUGAAGGAGAUAUUACUAUGUACAUACUUUGAGAGAGUAUACAUUCAUCUUUUCAGUUAUGCAUGAGUACCAUCUCUUCCAAAAUCAAGAUUAUUUAUUGCUAACCUUAAAGAGUAAACUUUGUAAAUAAGUCCACCAUGAUAAACCUUUUCUAAGCUGUUGUCUCUCUAAAAGCACAGUAUUUAGAUUGCAUUAUGAUAAACAUCUCUAAGGUGUAGAAAUGUCUUUUUUUAAGCAUACAUAGUGAACAGAUUAUGAAAAAUGUUGUUCUAUUGUUUUAUAGAUAAAAAUGCUAUAAGAAUGUGGCCCUUGUGAAAACAGGUUUUGUUGGGGGGGGAACAAAAUGUUUUUUAAUAUGCUGCCCUUUUGAUGGCAGUUAUCAGUCUUUAAUAAAGAAGUAUUUGACUAGUUGUAUAUACUCUGGAAUUUUGCUUUGCAGUCUUAUACCCCUUCUACUCUACCUCACUUCCCUCCCUACCUUAUUUCCUCACCUCCCACGGAGACUUCUGGCCAAUAAAAGGAAUUUUUAAAAU